CUUCUUAACACCCAGAUACAUCAUCCCAACCCAUGGAACCACACUACGGCGUCGCCAUCAUCGGCCUUGGCGCCAUGGGUGCCUCCACCCACUACCAACUCUCCAAUCGCGGCGUCCGCGCCUGCGGCAUCGACCGCUUCUCUCCUCCCAAGUCCAAAGCUCCAGCCACGGCGCAUCCAGCAUCACGCGCCUCUUCGUUGGCGAAGGCCCCGCCUACGUCUCGCUAUUCGAGUAGUGCGGCGUGCUCGUCAUGACGUCUACGGAUGACCCGGGCGAGAGCGACUUCACGCAGAGCACGAUUGAGAUAGCGAAGGAGUAUGAGAUUCCGCACGAGGUCCUGAAUGAGAGAGAAUUUGGAGAGCGAUUCCCACAGUUCACGCCUCUCCGGGGUGAUGGUGUGGGGUAUCUCGAGCCCAGCGGCGGGUAUGUGCGGCCGGAGGCGUGUAUCGAUGCGCAGUUGACACUGGCGGGGCGUCUGGGAACAGAAUUGAAGCCCAUGAGGACAAACUCAAUUUUUUUCUCGGUCCCUCUCAAUCAUGACGACGUAUCAGCUUAUUUCUCACAUACCCGAAGCUUUUCGUACGCCGGGCGUGCAAUAACAAGACGUGUGGCAUGCUUCAGUAAACACAACAUACACACAAUGGCUAUG